UUAACUCCUCCCCCAGUUUGCAUCAUUUAAAUAUAUUAGGGACUGAAAUUGUUAGCCUUCCCAUGAGCAUCAAAGAAUUCGUUACACUAGCUCGUCUUUCCUUGCACCAUUGUGAGAAACUUGAAGAAAUACUUGAGCUUCCACCAAAUAUAAGACAAGUAUAUGUUGGGGAAUGCAAGUCAUUAGAGAGAUUUUUGGAAGUAUCAAAAAUAUUGGAAUUCAAUGGAAGCCACAUCAGAUCGCUUGGAAUAAUUGAAUUGAACAGCUGCGACAAAAUGCAUGUGAAUAUAUGGAAUGGUAAAGUGCAAAAUCCAUUAUUGUGGAAGGGAGUCUAUGAAUAUGAUGCUACAUUGUUUCCGGAAAAUCAGAUUCCAAAGUGGUUGCGUUAUAUUCAUGAGUUUUUAAAAGAUAAUGAAAUGGUGAAAGGGCCUGAUAAUUAUGUCAAACUGAGGGGAGAAGAAGAGUGGGCAAUAGAGAUUGAAGGGCCGCACUAUUUGGAGGAGAUAAACGGAAUUGUAUUAUAUCUGGUAAUAUUUUUUAAAAAUGCUUCAGGUUGGCACAGAAAUAUUGGUAAUGCUAAGAUAACUAGUAACAGCUCAAAUCAUGUAUGUCGUAUUCAAGAAGGGGUACAAUUGGUUAAUAUGGAUUGGUACAAAAAGGAAAAUAAGACUCAAUAUGCUGUAUGGGUGGGGUACUCCAAUUUACAAUCUUUUGAACUAAAGGUUUUGGACAAUUUGCGAGUUCAAUUUGAUCUCCAUCAUCGUUACAAUGAGAUGGUGCAGUUUUAUAAAUGUUGCAAAGCCAAAGUGGUAUACAAGAAUGAAAGGAGAGCAAAAAGAAAAAGAAAAAUGGACGAAGUGUGCUCCCUGAAGAUGAAUGUUUAGGUGGAAUCUUCAUUUUUUGUUUUUUGUGUAUAGGGCAUUUGAAAUUAAUGGGAUCCUGUGUUCGAAUGAGAUUUGAGGAAUUGCAUAUGUGUGGUUAGUCAUGUUCUUUGCAAAAAAUAACCACACUGGUAUUGGAAAGGAAAGAGAUUCUUGGAUUUCAUCAUUAACAACAUAAAAUAUUUUCUCUAAUGGGUGGAUACAUAAGAUUAUGAGGAUUCUUUUCUAUUUUUGGAGAAAUCAAACCUGGUAUCGAGUAUGGGAAUUGAGUACUCAUGAUGCACAGCAUUUUAACAGGUUCAAAUACCAUACCAAACUACAUUAACUAAAAUAACUCAUAAAUUCAUGACCUUUCGAAGGUCAAACUAAUUUAACAUUAACUAGGC